AUGGCCAGGGAUCGUGGAGGCUAUGCUAUCUUCACAAAGGUCUGGCCAGAAUCUUUCCUCGGUGCCAUGUCCAUGACUAUUCACCAUCUCCUAGGAAAUGCCUGCAGCUUGUUACAUAUCGGAGGCCUUGGAUCUGCAAAGCUCCAUACGCAGAACUCGCUGGAAUCCGAGAUAAGACGUCGUCGAUUGUGGGCCUGCUAUCUAAUGCACUGCACGAUGUGUGAGAAUCUAUCCCUCUUUGAGCCAAUCGCCGAUAUACCGAAAUUGCCACUGCCUUGGUCCGAGGCGGAUUUUGACGCUGGCGUUUCUCGAGGUCCUUACGUGUGUCUUGAAUCCGGUGGUAAUGGUGGAGGAGUCUAUGCUGAACUCAUCAAGGCACUAACGCUUUGGGCAGCUGUCUUUCCCUUGGUCAAAUCCCCUGAAUCCAGCAUCAGCGAGAGGAUGACAGGCAUCUACGCUCUCGACGACGACUUAUCAAGCUGGUGGCGGGGUCUGCGAUCGAACUGGAAGCUAACACCUUCCACCAUCCCCUUGAUACCCGCAGAUCGACUUACGAACAUCCUGCUGAUAAACCUCAUCUAUCAUCAAUCACUAUGUGCGCUUCACGCCUCUGUCGUACCCCUUUUCUCAUGGAGCACAUGUGAUGAUAAUUGGUCUUCCGCGCGACAAGCAUCGGCGCAAGUGGCUUUCGAACACGCAUGUUCGGCUUCAGAAUUGAUCAACGCCACCCUGUCGACAGGGAUCUGUGUGCUACAUACCUUUAUCGCGUACGCCGCGUACAGUGGAUGUGCCAUUCAAAUUCCGUUCAUGUGGUGCUUGAAUCCAACGGUAAAGGAACGAGCAAUUGCAAAUGUUCGAGCGAACACCAAGAUGAUACAUACCAUGGCUCCGUAUUGGAAAUUCGCGGGAUUACUGGAAAUACACGUCGGGUGCUUAUACAACAUCCACAAAACGCACACACCGGUUCUGGAUGAUGAACCGAAGCACGUCGACAUCAAGAAACUCACUUCGUUCAAGAUCAACGCCGCCUACGCGCGCACCUCCAUACUAGGGUUUGUGGAGAUCCUACGGUCGAAGGGAAACGGGUUUGCAGACAGAGGAGAUGAGAGUCGGGACCUGGGCAUCCAGGAUAGCGGCUUCCGAUCAUCUGGGCGGAAGGGGGCUACUUCGAACGACCGUGAAGAUAGCCCUGUCUCAAUUCCGGGGUCUAGUGAUGCUGGUGGGCUGUACAAUCUGCUCUGUACAGACUCAACAUCAGCGCCAAAUGCCCACGGACUGCGGAAUGCAACUCCACCCACCUCGUCCUCUACUUCGCAACAAACAUCUGGCACCGCGGCGACCGCGCCCUUGUCCUUCUCCCAGUAUCGGCGGCAGGAAGAGCCACUCCACCAGCAGGGCCAGGCAGACCGGCUCUAUUCAUUUGGCCCAAAUAAUGGACUUCCUCAAAGUCAAGACACCCUUCCUCCCGAGGAGCGGGAGUCUCUAGACGUGUGCCGGCCGUUUUUCGACCCAACGAUGCUAGACCUCUUCCCCAAUGGCGAGAUGCCUGAUUUGUCGCGGUUUGAGACGAGUCUGCUUAGUCUGGAUUACUUCGAGCUGGUCGACGGCGAAGGCGAUUGGUAUUUGGCGUCGAAUCUGCUAGACGGGGCUUCGGAGAAUUGA